UUUUUGGAUGUGUUUCUCAGCUGUGUUUUGGAUAAGAACAGUGCUUGGCUCACCACCCGCAGGUGAGCAGGAGGACUGCCAAGGGGUUAGGGUGAUGCCUUUGUGGUCAGACACACCUGGGUUAAGUCCUGUCUCUGUCAAUGUGCAGAGAAAAGUACUAACUUCUGCCGGCCUCUGUUCCCUCAUCCGUAAACUGGGGUUGAUCAUCUACUCCUCACUGAGAGUAUUGAAAGAAGAUUCAAGGAGAUAACCCAUGUGCUGUGCUUAGCCCUGUGCUGGUUCUCAGAGUUCAACUGGCAGACCCCUCCGGAGCAGAGGAAGGGGUGAUCCUGGCACCUUGGCCCCGUGGUCUCCUCGGGAAUGAAGAUCAUUGGUGUUCUCGUGAUCUUCGCCUCCUGCUUGAUGGCCCCCACCCACAGCAGCUUCUGGCAAUUUCAAAGGAUGGUCAAACACAUCACAGGGCGGAGUGCCUUCUUCUCAUAUUACGGAUAUGGCUGCUACUGUGGGCUUGGGGGCAAAGGGACCCCCGUGGACGACACUGACAGGAAUAUAGGCGCAGCAAGGCUGACUCGCUGUCUCCCAGUCCUGAUUCCGAAUUCCGGGAGAAAGAAUCCAAGGGGCUCACUUUGGAAAAGUUGUCCGUCUGGGUGCUGCCUGGCGCAUGACUGCUGCUAUGAGAAGCUGAAGCAGCUGGGCUGCCAGCCGGUGCUGAACACCUACCAGUUCCACCUCGUCAACGGGACCGUGGCCUGUGAAUGUACCCUCGGUCCUGGUGUCGGCUGCCUCUGUGGGCUGAGGGCCUGCGAGUGCGACAAGCGAUCUGCAUACUGCUUCAAAGAGAGCCUGCCCACCUACGAGAAAAACUUCAAGCAGUUCUCCAGCCGGCCCCGGUGUGGCAGGCGUAAGCUCCAGUGCUAGGGAGGCCACAGGGCCCCCUUGUCGGUCACACCUGCUCCAGCAUCUUCCAGGAAGCCUCUUACAUCAUUUCCACCAGGCUCCAGUUCUUGCAGCUCACCUUUCAGCGUCCGGCCUAGGGUACUCCUCCGUCCCUCGGCAUCGGAGGGCUGGAGAUUAGCAAUGGAAAAAACAAAAUCCUGGCAUUCUCUGGAGGGAGACUGACGCUAAAUAUACACCCAAAUAAAUGAUACAUUCCACCAGUAAUAUAUGCUGGGAAGCAAUCAAACAAGGUGAUAGGGUAGAGAGAUGUCCCCAGCUUGAAUCCUAGGAAGUUUCCAGGAGGAGAGAGGCCCCAGGAUCUACCCUACACUCUCCCUCCACCCCACCCCCAAAUCAGGAUGCAGGACGCACUUGGGAACCAGGCCCACGACCCAGAUUUAGCUCAGACUCAGGCAGACAUCCCGGAGAACAAGGUCUCGGCACCCGUGCCGAGGACCCAGGAGGCUCACUUGCAGUUUGCUUCUCAUUUUCUCAAGUUCUGCCUUCUGAAAACCCUCAGGUAGGAGAAAACUGAUGCCAUUUUCACCUCUCAGGAGACAGAGCAUCAUGAGAACCUCAACACCCGCUGCCGCCAUGUGGAUGUCCUGGCCAGGAAGACGUCAAAGAAAUGGAGAAAGAGGGCGUGGGAGAGGGCACCAGAGGGAUCCAAAAUGUCUGUCCAAAUCUAGAAGCUCCUGGUUCUAUCAGACUUAAA